AUGGCGUGCCUGGGUUUCCGCCUCUUUCUCCUCCUCCUCUUCCUCCCGGCCAGCACCGCGGCCCAGGGGGAGUACGGCGUGGUCCACGUGGUGUCGGACACCUGGAGCAAGGACUACUGCAUCCUCUUCCGCUCCGACUAUGUCACCCUGCCCCGGGACCUGCAGCACGCCCCGCUCCUGCGCCUGCACGACGGCACCGGCACGCCCUGGUGCCCAGGCCAGGACUCCUCCGACCAGGCCCACCCCGACGGCUCCGCCAGCCAGCGGCCCCUCCACCGGACCACCGCCAUGGUCAUGAGGGGCAACUGCAGCUUCUACGACAAAGGCUGGCUGGCUCAGGGCCGAGGCGCCCACGGGUUGCUCAUCGUGAGCCGGGUCAGCGGCCAACAGUGCUCAGACAGCACCCCGGCGGCCCAGAACCCCCACAAGCCCCUCCCAGACCUCACCAUCCCCGUGGCCGUGCUCCGCUACACUGACAUGCUGGACAUCCUCAGCCACACCCACGGAGGCAACGGGGCCCACGUGGCCUUGUACGCCCCCCCGGAGCCCAUCCUCGACUACAACAUGGUGGUCAUCUUCCUCCUGGCCGUGGGCACCGUGGCCAUGGGCGGCUACUGGGCCGGCGUGACUGAGGCUGAAAGGCUGCAGCGGCGCCGGGCGCGAGGGGGCGGGGGGCCCGGCGGUCACCCUCCGCAGGGGGCCCUGGCGGCCCGGCGGGGGCCCGAAGACGACGACGAGGACGCGCCGGUGGACUUCACGCUGGCCAUGACGGGCGCGGUGGUCACCAUGUCCUGCUCCAUCAUGCUGCUGCUCUAUUUCUUCUACGACUGCUUUGUCUACGUCAUGAUCGCCAUCUUCGGGCUGGGCGCGGGCACCGGCCUCUACAGCUGCUUGGUGCCCGUGGUGCGCCGCCUGCCCGUGUGGCGGGACCGGCGGCCCCUGCCCGGCCGCCGGGCCCGCCUGCAGCUGCCCCUGCUGCUGCUGGCUGGCCUGUGCCUGGUGGUGACGGCCCUCUGGGUCGCCUACCGGAACGAGGACCGCUGGGCGUGGCUGCUGCAGGACACGCUGGGCGUGGCCUACUGCCUCUUCGUCCUGCGGCGCAUGCGCCUGCCCACCCUCCAGAGCUGCGCCUCCUUCCUGCUGGCCCUGCUAGUCUUCGAUGUCUUCUUCGUCUUCAUCACACCCCUGCUCACCAGGACCGGCGAGAGCAUCAUGGUUGGGGUGGCCUCGGGCCCGGCAGACUCCUUGAGCCAUGAGAGGCUGCCCAUGGUCCUCAAGGUGCCCCGGCUGAGCUUCUCGGCCUUCACCCUGUGUGACCAGCCCUUCUCCAUCCUCGGCUUCGGUGACAUCGUGGUCCCCGGCUUCCUGGUGGCCUACUGUCACCGCUUUGACGUGCAGAUCCGCUCGCGGCAGGUCUACUUCGUGGCCUGCACAGCGGCCUACGCUGCGGGCCUGCUGGUCACCUUCUUUGCCAUGGCCCUCAUGCAGAUGGGCCAGCCUGCCCUGCUCUACCUGGUGUCCAGCACCCUGCUCACCAGCCUGGCCGUGGCCGCCUGCCGCCAAGAGCUCGCCCUCUUCUGGACAGGCCAGGUGAGAGCCACAGCCCUCACCCGGCCUGUGCCAGGGCUCUGCAGUGUCCCUUCAGUUGGUUCUGAGCAGAAGCGGGAGCAUGCAGCAGACACCCACAGGGCCUGGGAGCUCGAGGGGGCCACCAUCUCUACCCUGGCAGGAGACUUAGAUAGCAGCCUUGGGGAGGGCACGGCUGAGACUGUCACCAUAUCUGAGGGUGAAGCCACCAGUCUAGAAGGCCACAGUGACAGCUCUGAGGGUUGGAGCGAUGCCAACCUGGAGCCCGGUGACCUGUCGAGUACCCCUGGUGGGGCCUCAGAGGAGCUCUUCCCACUGAUGCCAACGGCCAUGCUGAUACCGCUCAGGCCGCCGCCCUCGGAGCUGGGCCACAUCCAGGCCCAGGCCCAAGCCCACGCCCAUGAGGCCAGCCUGCCCUGGACUGGCCUUCACAAGAGGAAGGGCCUUAAGGUAAAGAAGAGCAUGUCGACCCAAGCUCCCUUGUGA